GCAUAUUUGUAACUGUCUGUCAAGUCAAGGCAGUGUUGCUGUAUAACGGAUCGGUGCGUUCUCAAUAUCCGUGCUGUAUCGAAUUAAUAUGGGCAACUGAUCUACGAUUAUGCUCGUUCAACCAAGUCGGAGAGUGUGAGAGAUAGGCUAGAGAAGUGUUUACGUUUAGUCUAAACUUACAAUAUGGAGCUUGAUAGGCGACUGUUGCUGGCUCACUGUACCGCACACACCCUCUCGGUUCUGGCAGGGCUCUUGGUGGUCGUCCCACUUGCGCUCAACGGCUCAGCUUUCAAAGGGCGUUGUGCGCUUUUCUCCACUGGCUACUGGAGGACCGAAAACCAGACCGAAAUCACCGGGGAACAGGGCGAGAUAUCACAUUUAGUGGUUCAACAAUGGGGUCCACCGGCGGCAUGCCAAUUUGCCACUUUCGUCGGCGUUUUUACUGUACUGUACGGUGCCGCGCAAGGCUGGCGAAGUAUAUUUUAUCUUCAUGGGCGGCAUGACGACACCCUCUUCUCUUCCUUCCUCACGCUGCUGCUGAGCCUGUGUGUGUUGUUCCUGUCCGGAGGGGCCAGCGUCACUUUAUCCCUAGGCUUCGCAUCCUGGUGUGACACUGUCACAGAUGACAACACCCGACCAUACAGCUGUGCUGAUUCUCAGUCGGUGCCCAUGUACUUGGACGUGCAGACGUCAUCCUUCUACACAGAGCUGACCUGUGCAGAGGUGUCACUGUGGUGUGUGACGGCCCUGUGGCUGACACACUCCAUCCUGUCCUUCAUGCGUCUCUAUCAUUCCCACAGCCAGCACAUCACUGGGCCCUGCCUCCCCAGGGAGAAGGAGCUGCUCCUGGGAUACACAUCGUCAGACGGCUCCCCCACACCUCCACACCCCCCAGCGACACCCACCAUCUUCGUCUGAUAUGUCCCCCACCUUGCAGCUGCAUGUUUAAUACUUGUCGCCAUUUAGAAUCCUAAUCUAACCACUUUUACCAACUUCUCAAAAGCACAAGUGAAACCAGACCCCAAACCUCAAUUUGACUUUAUACAGAUGUAAAGAAUCUGGAAAUCCAAGACUGACUAACUCUUGUUAACCAUUUGGAUGAUCAUCCUUAGUGAACAUUUUACCAAUUGUAGACUUAAGUAACUUUAGGGCAUCUAUUUGACUAUUAGGUAAAAAGGAUCCAGUUAUACCAAAAAGGGAAGCAAAACACAGUUAUAAAAUGUGCAAUAUUAAGCUUCCUUAAAGCUUUUUAAUAAGAUGAUAUGAUUUCUUAAUAUAAGAAUACCCCCCCCAAAAAUGUUAUCUAUAUUUCAUGACAAAGUUAUUUCACUGUGUUGAAUACAUAAAAGCAUCCUGGCUUUCAAAACAAAUGACUUUCUUAACAUAACAGCAACCGAUAAGCUAAAGUUCAUUAUGUAUGUUCAAAUCUGCUGUGUUCAACAAUAGGACACCUCACAUAUAAAUAUGCAUGUUUGUUUACAGGUAAAGAGUUAAAACAUUGUUUACUAUUGUGUUGAUUUUGACAUGUACUGAGAGGGCCUUCAUUGGGAAGAAUGUCGUCCAUGUGCAUGGAGCCAUCUGAAAACAGGCUCACUGUGUGAGCAGCUGCAUGUGAAUGUGCUAUUGUAACAGAUAAAUAAUUCUCUUCCUCUAAUGAGGGUUCUAUGUAUGAAGCUGUUUGUGUGGAGGCAACUGCUUGCAGGGCAUCUGUAGCACUGAAGUUGUCCUGCAGAUGUAAUGCCAACUUGGCUUUGAUGUAUCAAAGUUGAAGUUUGUGUGUGUGAUGUAAAGGAUGAGUGCCAGGGGGAUAAAGGAUAGAUAGGUUGUUAUCCUAAGCUUUAAACUCUGAACCUUGAGUCAAGUAAUUGUAAUGAAACACAUAUAAAGCGGAACUAAGAACCUGAAGUGAAGAGAUUAAAUGUUGAUUGUUGAACCAUUUUGUUUCAUAUUGUUUAUUGACAUAUAUGUUUGAACCCUGUUUGUAUUAUCCAAUAAUAAUAAAAAACUAUUGUCUUUUGAAUAAA